AUGCCCCGGCCAACGUCGACGCUGCGUCAGAGACCACCACUACGGCUUCUACCUAAGACCGAGGAAAAGCAACGUGCGCUUCCCAUUGGGACAAUGCCCCGGCCAACGUCGACGCUGCGUCAGAGACCACCAGCACGGCUUCUACCUAAGACCGAGGAAAAGCAACGUGCGCUUCCCAUUGGGACAAUGCCCCGGCCAACGUCGACACUGCGUCAGAGACCACCACCACGGCUUCUACCUAAGACCGAGGAGAAGCAACAUGUCUUUCCCAUUGGGCCAAUGGCCUGGCCAAUGUCGACGCUGCGACCCAAAGCCAAGGAGAAGCCGCGUUCGUUUCUCAUUGACCUAAAGGCCCGACUGGUGUCUCUGAUGGACAAGAUGAUCGACAGCCCCCGGUUCGGUCUUCCCGAGGGCCUGCUGCGCUUCGACUACCCGGACAAAGGCGUGGUGCUGGACCACUACCACGACUUCAUCGUGCUCGUCGCGAGGUUCUUCCGCACCGACGUGCGACUCUCCACCGUCGCCAGGGAGAUCGUGGAGUUUGAGGAGAACCUGGCCAUGACGGUGGAGGCAGUGUACAGCGAGAAAUCCUUCUUGUGGAGCGGAGUUGUCACCGAGAACUCGGCGCUUAACGAGACUGUCAUGACUCCAUUCACCGAGAUCAUCAACAAGGUCACGGAGCGUCUCAGCGGCACCAACCGAUCCGCCCCUGAGGUUGUGCUCUGGAGCAAGGAGUACCUGCAGUACCUUUCUCACCUGUUUCACCAGCCCGUCAUCAGGCGUCACCUGAUCAACUACAUGACGUGGCGCGUGAUCCUGGAGCUGGGUCCGUACACGAGCCAGCUGUUCCUGGACAUCCGGCAGGAGUUCCUGCGGCGCGUCGGUCUCGCCUCGAACGCGGCUCGCUCCGAACACUGCCUGCACGACCUGCUCGGCACGCUGCCCCAUACGGCCGGGUGGCUGCUGCUAAACGAGACGGCCUCGCUGAGAAACUCGCAGAAACAAGUCGAGAGAAUGUGCGAGGAGCUGAAGGCCACGAUGGCUCACAACUUGGACUACAACGAGUGGAUGACACCGGCCACGAGGCAGCACGCCAUCUCCAAGAAUGACGGAUGA